CAUGUCACUGCAAGGUGGAAGCCAUAGGAAUCCGAUAAAGCGUGCGCAAACCGUUUUUUACAUAUAUAUACACUUACAGAGUAUCACAUGGAUUUGGGGAUUAUUCAUAGAGAAAAUUUUGGCAGCAGUUGUGCGUACGAUUAUAAGAGCAAUGUUGAUUUUAUUGCUAGAGGAGCGUUUGGGGUUAUUUACCGAGCGACAAUUACGGAUCGCGGUAAUUUUAAGGGAGAGCAGAUUGUGGCAGUUAAAACUGUCCAUUUAGAUAAAGAUGCGGAAAUCUGGACCUGCUCGACAAAAUGGGAGAAAUGCCUGACUCGAUUGAAGAUGCUUUUAGCUAUUGGCCACGAGAAUCUAGUGGCUUACCAUAAAAUUACCAUCACUAAAAAUUUGGGAAGGUCUUCCGUUGAGCUGAUGAUGGACUAUUAUCCCGAUGGUGAUCUUGCGGAUCAUCUAAAAAAAUAUUAUGACAACAAGGAAUUAUCAAAAUGGAGUGUAGCAGUUAGUUUUGCGACGGAUAUAGCGCAUGGACUGCAUUUCCUCCAUAGCCACAACGUUAUACACGGCGACCUCAAACCGGCCAACGUACUCGUCAAGGCUGGAUCGGCAUUUGGCAUAAGUUAUUCUCAGCAUAGGUUAUUAAUUGGUGACCUGGACGAUCUCGUGCAGAUGAAGCGCAGUGUCACGUGCACGGAUGACAUCACACAUCUGCGUGGCACAAUACGCUUCAUGUCGCCCGAGAUGCUACGAAAAUUCUCCCAGACAUCACUCCCAGCGGAAAACCCCGGACGAAAAACCGACAUGUGGAGUCUGGGUUGUAUUAUGCUGGAACUGGCUGGCUGCAUCAUCGGCACGGAGAGGAAAUGGCUGCGGAAGAAUAAAUUCCAGAAACUCGAAGCCGGUGAUAAGCUAACCGAUCCGGCGUUUGCUAAACUGAUCAUCGACGGAUACGUUCCGUUUGUUCCUAAUUGUGAGGAGAUAUCAGGGCCGUUCGCAACAUGUAUCGAACGAUGCUUGUGCAUAUCAAGUGAAAAACGGAUACCUGCGGAUGAAUUACUGCAGAAACUGUUGGAGGAAAGUCCGUCUUACGUUGGCCCUACAGAAACAGUUUUCAAAAAACAAAUGAGGGAGAAUUUGAAGAUCCCCGUCAAAGGUGGUCAGAAGACUCGAGAUUAUCGUCAUCCCAUUUCCAGUGUGGUGCCACAGCAGAUCCUAGCGUCGUAUGAGCUGCCGCAUUCGUCUGUCUCUGUCACAAAGACAGACGAAUGCGGCAGCUCAUACGACGCUAGGAUCUGCUGUGGCACCACACUGGAAAUGGGAUGA